UUCGAUAUGUGCUAUAUUUUUGUGUAAGAGGCGUUUUCCUCUUUCCGUUAACAUAACCUAUUGAAGAUAAUUUUUGAUUAUGAGUUAAAAUUUAAAUGUUUCAGACUAGAUUUAAUCAUUGUCAUCUCAAAAUGGCAUUUUUAAUUAAAUGGUUGAAAGUCGAAGAAUUGUUAAAAAUAUUUGUUAGAUUUAAGCACGGUUCAAAUCAUUGGUCUGUAAUUAGGAAGGAAAAGACACAUAAGAACAGAGCAUUGGCAUAUUUUGACGACUUUUAUGAUAAAGUAUAUGGAAAAGCGUGGAAGGACAUAAGAACCGCAUUGCUACAAGAAGAAAACAAAUAUAUAGCAGUGGUUAAUAAUUUUAGCGAUGUGAAAAGAAUACAAACGUCUUUGGAGAAUUCUGGGGCGAUAAAUUUGAAGUUAAUAUAUGAUGCAUUUAUGGAAAAUGUACAAGAUCAAAGGUUUCAAAAGAAGCCAAAGAAAACUAUUAAGUUAAAUGAUCGAAUGGAUAAUAUAAUAUCGGAACGACAAAUAUCAAAAGUACAGUCGGUUUAUCCAAUUGAUUAUGAAUCAUCUCCAGAUUCACUGACCUAUACAGAGAACAAUGAUAGGAACAUUAAUAUUAAUAAACCAUUAGAAUUAGUACAUUUAAAAUCUAUAGCAGAAGAUUCAAAUGAUGUGAACAUUGACAGCAAUCGUAUUGUUCUUCCCUCUGAUGGUUUAGCAAGUCUUUAUGAGUUUGUACCGGUAACAAAAUUGAAAGGUAUGGAUGAAUGGGUUUUAGAAUCUGAACAUUAUGAAUAUUAUCAAAAGACAAGUGAUUUUAAGAUACCCGUGGAAAAAGAGAAAAUUUUGUCUUUUCCAAAACAUCUUAAAUUGUAUACAUAUGAAGAGUUUAGCGAAGAAAAAUUUUCAGUCCCACAAAAAGGAUCCACUGGAGUAUUAGAUUAUUAUCUUUUUGAUGGAGGCUCAAUACUACCUAUCUUGGCUCUUGACAUACAAUUAGGUGAUUAUGUAUUAGAUAUGUGUGCAGCACCUGGAGGCAAGACUCUAACAAUUUUGCAAACACUUAUGCCCAAUUUAGUGGUAGCAAAUGAUCUCUCGCAGUCUAGAGUAAACAGAAUAAAAAAAGUACUAAAUCAAUACAUAGCAGAUAUAGGACAGUUAAAUGACAAAUUGUUUAUAACAGAAGAAGAUGCACGUAAAAUUAAUGAUAAAGGCGUAUAUAAUAAGAUACUUGUUGAUGUCCCAUGUACAACAGAUAGACAUGUAUUACAUGAAAAUAAUAACAAUAUUUUUAAACCUACAAGAAUUAAAGAAAGAUUGCGAAUGCCAGAAAUCCAAGCAGAUAUUUUAUUCAAUGCAUUGCAAUUAGUAACUGUUGGUGGUACUGUCGUAUAUUCUACCUGUUCUCUUAGUCCUAUACAAAAUGAUGGGGUUAUACAAAUGGCACUAAAACGAAUGUGGGAAGAAAGUAAUACUGUUAUAAUUGUAAAAGAUAUGUCGGAUGCAUUAGAUCCAUUGCAAACAUUGUUUAAUUUUGGAAAUUUUGGCUUGAAACAUGGACAUAUUGUCAUACCUACUAUUGGUUAUAAUUGGGGUCCUAUGUAUUUUUGUAAAAUGGUUAAAUUGAAAUGAUGAAGUUUUUGCUAAUCUCGCACUCUUUCAACUGUACUAUAUAAUAGACGCGUAUCUCAAUAGGUUAUGAGGUUAAUUAUUAGAUUUCAUCACGUUCUACAUGUUUACAAGGAAAAUUAUUUAUGUCAUAAAUGUGUGACAAAUUAAAUAAUUAUAUAUGAUUAAAUAACAUAGAUACAAUGAAUCGUGGAUCAUAUAGAUGGAUCCAUUGUGAAAAUCGAAGAGAAUGCAGCUAUGUGAAAGAUUACACAGAAAGACUAAAAACUCUCGGCCUAAUUAUAAAUCUAAGUGUUAAAUCGAGCGAGUUCAAACAUAUAAAAUGGAAAAAAUGUCAUUAAAAAUAUAAGAAAUAACUAAAAAUAUCUAUGAAUGUGAAGAUCCUACUAUGAGAUGAUGUAUACUCUUUAAACCGAUCGAAGAAAAAAAUAAACCAAAGUGUGGCACAGUAUGUAAAUCCAUUUAUUCAAAAAGUAGAAUAAUUAGAUGAAUUUGGCAUACAAUCAUUAAUACCUGUUAGUUAAUUCAUUGUCUAAUGAAUAUGAAACAGUCAGCAUAAAUAUUGAAUCCAAAAAAGAGAAUCUAUAUUUAAAAAUUUUUAAAUAAAAUUAAUGAAAAAAGAUAUAACAAAAACAGAUAUCAAAUAAUGAACAAUGUCAACCUGAUAGAGAAGAAGCAUUAUCAUUAUAGGUACUAUUAUUAAAUAGAAACACAUGUGGAUAAAAAAGUUAUAUAGCAAGAUAAACUAGAAAUAGAAGAAAAGGUAUAGCUACGAGAAAUUACGAAGAUUUAUGUCCACUCAUGAUAAAAUAAUGAUAAAUAUUUGUUAAUUAGUUUAGAUUUGAUAAAUUUGACAUGUGAAAAUAACGUAGAUAUUAAAAUGAAUACAAAAAAAGAAAGAGAAAAGAAACUAAUCCAAAAGAAAGUAAUGAAAAAAGAAAGAAAAAGGAAAAAAGAACAGCAACAUUUCAACUAGCAAUCCCAUGAUUAAUAAUCUGGAGCACUUUGCAAUGAGCUACACAGCUUAUUAUCUAAAUGUUACUAUCUACUGCUCAUAUACGUCAUAAAUGAAUUGAUAUUUUGCAAAAUUAAUUUUUUCGAAAGUGAGAAUUGUAUGUUACUGCUGCGACAAAUUAAAAUAGCAAUGUAAAUCACGUAUAUAAUAAUAAGUAAUACCGCGACUGUCGGGGUUUUAUCCUAGUUAUGUUCAUGAUUGAAUUAAAAUUGUUAUUAAAAUAUUACAAAUUCAAGAAAAUUGAAAAUAAACGAAUUAAGUAAACACUAUGCAACAUGAUAAAUAAUAUGUACUAUUUUAUACUUCAAUAAUUACAUAAGUAGUAUAUAUUUGCAAAAGCAAGUAUAUUUGUGGACUAGUCAACAAUGUCUUAAGGUCUUGCCAAACUGUAGUGCAACAACAUGCACAUGGGUAAUAAUAGAAAGAAAUUUAAAAGCACUAAUGAAAAUAGUAGAAUGCAUACAACAGAAAAUUAUAUAAAUUAAAAAGAAAAGAGAAAAAACUAACAAGAACAUUAAAGUAUAAUUGUUAGAUCAGGAAGCAAAUGACAUCGAAUAAAGAGAUAUAAUGUUUAUACAAGAAUUAAAAAAUAAUUUAUUAGUAUCAAGUAUCAUUUGAGUAUAUAAUGCAGUUAUAAGAAGAAAAUAUGGGUCCAUUUCCACGAAAACUACAAUGAAAGAUGAACUGUAAUCCAUUUAAUAAAUGAAGAAUCCAAUCAUGUUGUCACAAAUUUAUAAUAAAAAGCAACAUGAUCACUGAAAUAAAUGAAAUUACAGUACAAAAGAGCUGAUACCAGUAUUAAAACUACUCUAGCCACGAGAGGCUGUAUGUAACCCAAAAUUCAAAGAAUUGGAAAAUGUGAUAGACCAAGAAAGUUAUAUAAUUCAUCAAUGACAGCUCAAAAUGAUCAGUAUGUUGUAAAGAAAGUUAUAGAUAGUCUAAAAAGAGAAUUGCGACUAGAGGCAGUUAAGGUUAAAAGAAAACAAAAUGGAUUGGUGGACAAAUUCAAAGCGAAAUUAAUUGCAAAGGAAUAGAUUAUGAGGAGGUUUUCGUUCCAGUUG